AUGGCACCUACCACAACGACUUCCGCCUUAUCUACGACAAUUUCUUUAACAGCUUCAGCGACUUGCCUCAAUAUUGCCCCUGGAAAAAAUGGAUAUCUCCCGCCAGAGUCAUGCGAUGCCCUUCUCUACUAUGUCCCUUCAUUCGGUGCUGCGGUCCUAUUUUGUGUGUUUUACGGGAUGACCACCCUUCUGCAUGGCGUUCAGGCCGUGAUGUACGAGAAGGGGUAUGCAUGGGUAGUGAUCAUGGGUGGAGCCUGGGAACUUCUCGCCUUCAUUUUUCGAACCCUUCAAACACGCCAACAAAAUAAUGAAAAUUGGGCCACCUUCUACACGCUCUUUUUCCUUCUCGCGCCGAUAUGGAUCAAUGCCUUCCUUUAUAUGACUCUCGGACGCAUGAUACACUUCUUUCUUCCGGGUCAGAAACUCGUCGGCGUCUCCGCACGCCGGUUUGGCGUACUCUUCGUUUGCCUUGAUAUAUUCGCCUUUAUCGUCCAGGCAACUGGCGCUAUUAUGACCAGUAUUCAAGAUGGUGGAAGUAUCGUGGUGACCGGACUCCACAUUUACAUGGGUGGAAUUGGUCUUCAGGAGGCUUUCAUUCUUUGUUUCACCGCGCUGGCAAUUUACCUUCACCGAAAGUUGCUCAAAGUCGAGAGCUCCGAAGAAGUCUUUAACGAAAGGCUCAGUCGAGGACCUUUCUCCUGGAGAUGGCUCUUUUAUGCCCUGUAUUUCGCAUUGGGAAUGAUAACCAUUCGAAUUAUCUUCCGAAUCAGCCAGUAUGCUCAAGGAACCUCCCCGACGAACCCAGUUCUUACGCACGAGUGGUAUGAAUACGUGUUCGAUGCCGUCCCAAUGCUCCUCGCCCUCGUCUCCUUGAACAUAAUUCAUCCCGGUCGCAUCCUCCAGGGACCAGAAUCGGGAUUCCAACAAGUGCGCCGUGCCGAGAAGGAAGCUAAGAAGGAAAAGAAACAGCAAAAGAAAACUUCAAAGGAAGAAAAGAAAACGCACAAAAACAUGCUCGAAGAAGAAAAGAGACGACCAAAGAAGCAGGGCUUGCACGAAGACGAUGUCAUUGACGAAGGAUCUCCUCUUCGGGCCCAUGCAAGUGAGGAUCAUUCGAACGAAGAUGAGCCGCACCAGCAGCAAUGGCCUAUUUACGAUCGAACAGAUGAAAGAUAUGAAGACACGAGAUACUAUGGCCACCAAGUCUAAUUGGGAAUUGAUGAAGCGUUAGAGUCGCUUGGGCUUGGACUUUGGCAAUGGCGCUUGUGAG